CCUAGUUUCGUUGCUUUUUUCCUUCCCCUGAGCCCUUUCGUGGACGACGUUGUCGCUAUGUUGCUUUUCCCAUAUCAGUGACAAAGAACGAACGAUAAGGCGAGAGAGAGAGAGAGAGAGAAAGAGAGAGAGAGGGAGGGAGGGAGGGAGUGUGUGUGUGUGUGUGUGUGUGUAUGUAAGGGUAAAAAGAGAAAGAGAGAGAGGGAGAGCGUGAUCAUUCCCUGGCGCGCGCGGCACCAGCGAGCAAGGCGACUGGCGAAAGAGAGUGGAGUACGAGAAGUGGAGAACUCGGGGAAAAGGAGAAAGACAGAGAAAGAAAGAUAGCGCGCCACUGAGAAAAAGAGCAGCUUUUCCUCCCUUCUCCGGCUUUCUGAAGCGAUAGACAGGACAGCGUCGUCAACGUCAGCAGCGACGUCGGCAUCCUGGACGAUCAGCAUACUAGGAAAGAAUCGGAGCUGCCGCGUACAAGAUGAGCGUGGGGAAGAUUUUAACAUGGAUGUUAUAUUUUAUCAUAGUAAGCGAGUGCCACAUUCGAAAGGGACGCGACGAGGAUGGUUCGAAGCUUAUACGUAUCAAUGGUGAUGUAAUUCUCGGAGGAAUCUUUCCUAUGCAUGAACAAGUGGCAGGUUCCAUCGGUCAAUCACCAUGCGGUGCAGUGAAAGAAGAAAAAGGAAUGCAACGUUUGGAGGCUAUGUUGUACGUUCUCGAUGAAAUAAAUUCAAACGAUGAGUUAUUGCCAAACACCACGUUAGGCGCGCUUAUUCUCGACUCCUGCAGCAGCGAUACAUAUGCACUUGACCAGAGUAUGGAAUUCGUCAGAUCUUAUAUGAAUCAAGAUAUAUCGGAAUACAAAUGUGAAAAUGACAAACCACCGAUGUAUGUGCCCCAUAAACCUGUCACGGGUGUUAUAGGAGCUUCGUUUAGCGUAGUCUCCAUUAUGGUAGCCAAUAUUCUGCGAUUAUUCAAGAUACCACAGAUAAGCUACGCAUCAACGAGCACAGAAUUGUCGGAUAAAAGUCGCUUCGAAUAUUUUAGUAGGGUAGUGCCGCCAGAUAAUUUUCAAGCUCAAGCCAUGGUGGAAAUCAUUCAUCAACUCGGUUGGAAAUACGUAUCUACGGUUGCAGUUGAAGGUGAUUACGGAGAGAAGGGUAUUGCCAGUUUCACCUCAUUGUCGACGGAGUAUAGUAUCUGCGUAGCAGUCAGCGAGAAGAUUUUGAGAAAUGCGAAAGCCGAAGAUUUCGAUAAAAUUGUCGAAAGACUCGGCUCAAAACACAAUGCCAGGGGUGUCGUUUUAUUCGUCGAUGAAGAUAACAUAAGGAAACUUCUACAGGCAACUGUUAGAGCUAAUCGUACAGGCCAUUUCAUGUGGAUAGGUAGCGAUUCGUGGGGUGCUAAAGUAUAUCCAGUGAGAGAUCAAGAAUUCGCGGCGGAGGGUGCAAUCACAAUUUUGCCUUAUAGAACAUCCCUUCAAGAUUUUGACGACUAUUAUUUAAGCCUUCGACCAAGAGUGGAUAAUGAGUGUGAUGGACAGAGUGAAAGCAAUGUGCCACAUAAAAAAUUGCCUGGAAAAAUAGUAAAUUGUCGAAAUAUUUGGUUUCGAGAAUUUUGGUCUCAGCAUCACAAAUGCAGCUUCAAUGCAAACUUGUCUGCUGGCAUGACACCCUGUACUGGUAACGAGAAAUUAAUUGAUUAUGAGCAAGAAGGAUUGGUGCCAUUUGUCGUUGAUGCAGUUUACGCAAUGGCGCAUGGUGUUCAUAAUUUAAUAAACGAAGAAUGUAUAAAUAAUGCUGGAACUAACCAUUAUUUGUGCGAAGAUCUUCGUCCAGCCCCAGACGGUCAACAACUUCUUCAACACAUUCGAAAUGUUAGUUUUAUCGGUCGUCAAGGUACUGAAAUUAAAUUCAAAUCCGAUGGUGAUGCGUAUGGAUUUUAUAAUAUAUAUCAGUAUCAAAGAAAAGAAGAUGGGCGUUUUGAUUAUGUUCUUAUCGGUAGAUGGAAAGAGGAGUUGGACCUCGAUAUUAACAUGACAAGGUGGGCAACAGGACCCGGAGAAAUGCACAUCCCUCGAAGUUUAUGCAGCGAUAAUUGCCCGCUGGGUCAUGUACGCAAUUUUCAGGAAGCCUGUUGUUGGAGUUGUGUGGCAUGUCGCGAAGACGCUUACGUUUUUAAUGACACUUGUCGCAGCUGUGGUCCAGGAUAUGCUCCGGAUGAAACAGUAACAAGUUGCAUCAAACUAACAGCAGAAGUUAUUCCAUGGACUAGUCCGUGGGCAUUGGUCCCAUUAAUAUUUGCAUCCAUUGGCAUACUUAGUACUUUGUUUACAACUAUAGUUUUCAUUCGUUUCAAUCGUACUCCAGUAAUUAUGGCUUCUGGACGCGAGUUAUGUUACGUGUUGCUAGUAGGGAUUCUAUCGUGUUACGGCAUGAGUUUCGUGAUAUUAAGCAAGCCAACUACAUGGAAUUGCACAUAUCUGAGAAUCGGUCUUGGCUUGUGCUUAAGCAUCUGUUAUAGCGCGAUACUAACUAAAACGAAUCGUAUAUCACGCAUAUUCAAUCAAGGAACUAAAAGUAUAAAGAGGCCUUCCUAUACAUCUCCGAAGAGCCAAGUUGUAAUCGCUAUCGGGAUCACUGCAGUGCAAUUAGUUGGUGUUAUCGUCUGGCUAAUCAUUGAACCACCGGAUACCACGGAAAUUCAUCCGUAUCCGUUAUCAGCAGUACUCACAUGCCGCGUUUCCACGUUUUCAUUGAUGAUGUCCCUCGUCUACAAUAUGUUUCUAAUACUCAUGUGCACUUUGUACGCAUUCAAAACACGUAAGAUACCGGAGAAUUUCAACGAAGCGAAAUACAUUGGUUUUACAAUGUAUUCAACUUGCAUUGUAUGGUUAGCUUUCGUACCCAUCUACUUUGGCUCAAACAAUGACUACAAGGUGCAAAUCGCAAGCAUGUGCAUGUGCAUCAACAUCUCUGCGUCAGUAGCUCUCGGUUGUCUUUUCACUCCGAAAGUAUAUUUGGUACUUUUUCAACCAUAUAAAAAUGUUCGGCCCGGACAUGCGAAUACGGGUGGACUUCAAAGCGGUAACCGCGCAGUAUACAGCAUGCGAUUUUCUGGCGGUCGUAGUCAAACAAUGCAGAGCAUGACCUCCUGUUCUCGGAGCAGUCCACCGGCAUCACGUCCAAGCCAGGACGAGGUGAAACAUGCCAACGAGUGUCAGGCCAGAAUUCAUGAGACCACCGUGGAGAUAUACGACGAUGACGAAGAGGACCGUAAGCUCUCUACUAUCCAGGAAGUGUCAGAAUCAAGAGACAUUUCCAGUCCUUCGAUGUUCGCGGAAAAUUGCCGAAAUCGAAGUCGGAAGUCGAUUUCCAGCGAUUCCGACCAGUCGGGCGAUCCAGCACGUAAAAAUCGCAUGGGAACGAUCAGUUGCAUCUCCGACAAAGUGGAGUCUUAUAAAACUGAAGCUAACAUUUUCCCAAGCGAAGAUCAAACUUUCCACGUCUACAGCGAUUCACCGACGUUUUCCGAUUUUUCAUCGUAAAUUACGACAUGUAAUGUCAAGGUAACGAAAAACUGUCAUUUUUUAACAUGCGAAAAAUUAUUUAACGGUGCCAAGACGUCUUUUUAGCCUCGCAUUUGUCCUCACAAGGGCAAAUUAGAUAUAAAGUGCAUACAUAUAUGUAAGUGCGAAAUUACUGUUCAAAACACUUAGAAAAUCAAAUACCUUUUAUAUAGCUUUUUAGCAGAUUUUAAUUCCAAUUUGUUCUAAAUUUUAAUUCUAAUUUGUUCAACGUUCUUCCAGUUGUUCAUUUUUUCCUUGGCUGUUUUAGCAGAAUUUAUUAUUUCAAAUCUUCAAUUAGAGAUUCGUAUUGAGAUGUUUUCCAUCAGUGCUACAGACACGAAUUAAAAUGCGAUUUACUUAGGUGAACUACUUAAUAUUACGUUGUUCGAUGAACAAGGAUAAUAAUCUCUAUUCGUUAGUUCCUUAUACAUCUCUUAGAGAUAAAUAUUGCAAUAUUUCGUACUAUAUAUUACGACAUUCAAUCAAAGUUGAUAACACGUGUACAAAAUAUUUAUACUUAUUUUAUAUGUAUACAAUGUUAAUUUACUUUACGAGGACAAAGUCUUGAUUAAAAUUUUGAUAGAAUAUCAGUAGAAUAGAUAUAUUGUACACAUUUAUUUGCAAACUAUUUUAUAAAACUGUCAAAUAUUUCAUCCUCAUACGGAUUGUUCCAGAAGUACGUAUGCGACAAAUUAACGAAUCACUAACAGAAGAGGUAUCGUAUAUGACAAAGAAAAUCGCCACUUUUUUAGCAUUUCUUCCUUCAAGAAAAUUGGAAAGUAAAGCUGAAUGCUGCAUUGAUAUCAUCCGAUAAGAUCUAAAUUUUUCAUUCCUUGAUCGUCUCUGACAAGAUACUCAAACUUUAUCUAUUUUUGAACAUCUUCGGAUGUCGUGCCCACUUAACAAAAUAAUAAAAAUAUGUUCUCCACAAUUUCUACAUAUGUAUGAAACUAAAUCAGCCGUGAAAAGUUAAUUUACUUUUCUGAAAUCUGUUGCUAGGUAAAGAAUGUUUGGAGCAUUCUCUUCGCAGAAGUUGCGAAACUAUUAACACAUAUCCACCAUUCGCUUAAGUGGCUUACAAACGUUUGUGAACCACUUAAGCGGUUGGCGCAGACACGUGACGCACACGAAUGCUAAUGCUUACUGAAACCAGGGUUUCAGUAGCUAUGCACAAAGGUUCAUGAGCACUUGGAGCCCUUGCCAUGUAAGCAAUUGUUGAUCCGUGUACGAAAAACGAUAGCCUCUCGUCUUCAUUGAACGCGCGCAAACAACGAAUUUCAUUCCAAGUACCGACACUUUUUAACAACACUCGUGAACUGUGAAUACCAAACGAAUUGCUACGUACUUCUAAUUGAUCUGCAUAGAAAAAUCAAAACAGGAACAAUUUCUUUCCGCUUACUAUAUUUAAUUCAAUGAGCAAAGAUACAAAGAUUUUGUUGCUGUCAUAUUAUUAAUUGUAAAUAAAUCUUUCGCUUGAACGGAGAUAAUUUCAAAAUACAAUGUAUUCUUUUGGAUCCGUUUGUUACGCUUUUAUAUCACAUAACAUCUGAAUGUGAUAAUCAUAAAUCAGAAUACGAUUUAGAAGAUAUCUUGAAAUAAAUUUUAUAUAAUUAUCUAUAUUAUAGAUAUCUAUAAAAAUUGUCUCUUUAGGAUGUUCCAUUUAUCAUUAUGCUUUACGUUGAAUAUUUCAUUUAUAGAACUUUUUAUGCUGUUAAUAAAUAUUCGUUAAGUUAUUAGUUCUUAAUGAGACAUCAACAUCUGAUCUAUCUGACUAUGCCAAAGUUCUUAAAUAAAUAUUACGAUAGAUAGUACAAUAAAAAUAAUAUUGGAAGUGAAAUGUCCAAUACGGUAAAUAAAUGUGUACUUUUACAAAUAUAUAUAACUGCCGACGAUUAAAAAGUCAAAUAGCUAUAAAGGACAAAAAUUAGACAUGUAGAUCGUGUGCGUGUGUAAAUGUGUACGUGAAAAAUAAAUGCGCGUGAAUUUUUGACUAAAUAUGUGCCAACAACGCUGAGAAAUUACGUGAACAAAUAGGAUAUACUGUAUUAUAAAAUGACUUUUAAACGAGAAGCGUUUUAAAUAAAUUAAGCGUAUUUACGUAUCCUCACUUGAAUAUUUCUAUUAAAUAUAUAUAUAUAUAUUAAUAUAUAUUAAUUGCAUUGUUAGUACUAAAUUACAUAGAUGUUUAUUUAUAGAUAUAUCGUAUGUUAUUACAUCAACGUUGUACAAAGAUUAGACACGUAUUUUUGUUAAUUUUGCGUACUGUAAAUUUUUCCAGAAAGUUAUCUGAAAAAAUUAGAUCACGCGUUAAAGGUUUAAAAGACAUUUUAAUAUGAUAAUGCGGGCGUAAUGAAAUAAUCUUUUAUAAAAUUAUUAAUUACUCUCGUAGUAUCUUGAAGAUGUCUGACUAUGUGCUUAUUACAAAAAUAUCUCUGAAGACUAUGUGGGAGAUGAAACGGUUAAACAUCUUUGGUGGACUUAGAUUACUAAUUUCAAUAAUUAUUAACGAUUAGUAAAAAAUUGCCAGAAAGGCGAAAACUAUAAAUGAAUCAAGGAAAUUAUAUUUUAUCUUGAUAAAAUAAAUUGAAUACUAUUAUUAUAAUAUUAAAGAAAUUUGUUAGUGGAAAUCUAUUUUGUGUCAUUAAAUUAAAUUGUUAAAUAGGAAGGACUUCUUUUAAUUUUUUGAAUGAGAUCAAACGAGAUGAGAGAACAAUCAACAAUCAAAGAUGUUUACUUCGAAUUUAUGUAUAGCGAUUAAGUGGAAAAUUGAUUGUCGCAGAAGCGUAGACAACGAAAAAUAUAGAGCCCAAAACGUUUUGUCGUAAAGGUAAUAUUCAUAAAAGCUACAAGCAACAAUUGUAAGACUUAAAAAAUGUUACAUAAUUCUAACGGCUAUGAGAAUCAAACAUUAUUCUGAACCUUGUUCAAGGUUCAUCGAUAGAGAAAGAAUUUAUCCACUUCUCAGUGUGCUUUGGAAUUUAUUACAGUUGUUAUAGCGAUUAAAAUAUACAUGUAUUAUAAUAAUUAGAUAACUGAAAUUCGAGUACAUCUGAUUACUCUCUUCUAAUAAUGAAUGCAAUGGUGACCUGAUAGGUAGUUUCGUACAGAUAACAAAGGUCAAUUUAUUCUUACUUUUACGUUUUAGACACUAAUUAAUAACCAUGCGUAUAAUGAUUCA